CUCCCUCUCUCUCUCCCUCUCUCUUCCUCUCUCUCUCUUCCUCUCUCUCUCUCCAGCACCAGUGCCACGUGUUCCCUGUUUGUUCUGCCCCUGUGCCAUGACGCCUAUUUAGCACGACUGACACCUAGGACCCAUAACCUGUACAGAGCGUUUCCAUUCAGAAAACGCAGGUCUGGAGUUGUGAAGAGCAGUAAUGGUCCAGUCAGUCCAGUCAGGUCUGUGUUCAGACCCAAGGAUCCCCUUCAUCAGGACUCACUGCUUCCCUGGCAUAAUCCUGCAACAUUUCCAGUUCUUCACAGCUCCGUGUCGGCGGAGAUAUGGAGCCGCCGGGGAGGAUAGCAGCCGCACCGGACGCCCUGGACGUCACGGUGGAAAACGUAGAGAAGGCCCUACACCAGUUGUACUAUGAUCCCAAUAUAGAAAACAAGAAUCUGGCCCAGAAAUGGCUCAUGCAGGCUCAGGUCUCGCCUCAGGCCUGGCAGUUUUGCUGGGCCCUGCUGAGCCCAGAUAAGGUGCCAGAGAUCCAGUAUUUCGGUGCGAGUGCGCUUCACACCAAGAUCUCUCGCUAUUGGUCAGACAUACCCACAGACCAGUAUGAGUCUCUGAAGACCCAGCUGUUCUCCCAGAUUGCCUGCUUCUCCUCUGGCUCCAAGAUGGUGCUCACCCGGCUGUGUGUGGCCCUGGCCUCUCUGGCGCUCAACACAAUGCCCGAGGCCUGGCCAGGCGCAGUGGCAGAGAUGGUGCGGGUGUUCCAGGAGGAGGGGGGAGGGGUGGAUGGGCGGGCACGCUGCCUGGCAUUGCUGGAGCUGCUCACUGUCCUGCCUGAAGAGUUCCAGACAAGCCGUCUGCCACAGUACCGAAAGGGACAGGUCCGUGGUGCCCUGGGCCGCGAGUGGGGGUCAGUGUGUCCCUUACUGCAGCAACUGCUGCGACGCACAGACAGUCCCGGGGCGGUGAAAGCUCGCGUGCUGCGCUGCCUGUCAUCCUGGGUGCUGCUGGAUGUGCCCCUCAGCGAGAGCGAAGCCCUGGUGCACGACUGCUUCAGUGCCCUGCCCGACCCAGAGCUAUUCGACACGGCAGUGGAGGCGAUAGUCAACGCCAUCUCACAGCCCGAUUCCCAAAGAUAUGUGAACACUUUGCUGAAGCUGGUUCCUCAAGUGCUGGCCCUCCAGGAGCAGCUCAGAGAGGCUGUUCAGAAUGGAGACAUGGAGACCUGCCAUGGGAUCUGCCGGAUCGCCGUCACACUAGGAGAGAACCACUCCAGGACUCUGUUGGAGCAGGUGGAUCACUGGCAGAGCGUCCUGGCUUUGGUCAACAUGAUCAUGUUUUGUACAGGUAUCCCCGGCCACUACCCGGUCAAUGAGACCACCAGCUCCCUCACACUCACCUUCUGGUACACUCUGCAAGAUGAAAUCAUGUCGUUUGAGUCGGACAAGCAGGCAGUUUAUCUGCAGGUCUACAGGCCAGUGUAUUUCCAGUUGGUGGACGUUCUGCUACACAAAGCCCAGUUCCCGUCCGACCAGGAGUACGCUUCCUGGUCCUCCGAUGAGAAAGAGCAGUUCAGGAUCUACAGGGUGGAUAUCUCCGACACACUCAUGUAUGUGUAUGAGAUGCUCGGAGCAGAGCUGCUGAGUAACCUGUAUGAUAAACUCGGGAGACUGUUGACUAAUGCGGAGCAGCCGACGUCAUGGCAGCACACAGAAGCUUUGUUGUACGGCUUCCAGUCCAUAGCAGAGACGAUAGACGUGAACUACUCUGACGUCAUCCCAGGCCUCAUAGGACUCAUCCCCAGAAUCAGCAUCAACAAUGUCCAGUUAGCAGACACAGUGAUGUUCACAAUAGGCGCUCUGGCUGAAUGGUUGGCAGACCACCCAGUGAUGCUCAGCAGUGUCUUGCCCUUGGUGCUGCAGGCUUUAGGGAACCCGGACCUCUCCGUCUCCUCCGUCUCUACGCUCAAGAAGAUUUGUAGGGAAUGCAAAUAUGACCUGCCGCCCUACGCAACCAACAUCGUAGCUGUAUCUCAGGAGGUGCUAAUAAAGCAGAUACACAAGACGAGUCAGUGCAUGUGGCUGAUGCAGGCUCUGGGCUUCCUGCUCUCCGCUCUCCCUGUGGAAGACAUCUUAAGAAACCUUCACUCUCUCAUCACCCCGUACAUUCAGCAGCUGGAGAAGCUUGCGGACGAGACGCCUAAUCCCUCCAAUAAGUUGGCAAUCAUUCACAUCUUGGGGCUGCUGUCCAACCUGUUCACUACGCUCGACAUCAGCAAGCAGGACGACGAAUCAGCAGACGGUUCUGCGCCACCUGUCAAAACAGCACCUCCCCCACCCGGGCCAAACCCGGUGGUGGUGGUUCUGCAACAAGUCUUUGCCCUCAUACAGACGGUGCUCAGCAAGUGGCUGAAUGACUCGCAGGUUGUAGAGGCGGUGUGUGCCAUCUUUGAGAAGUCAGUGAAGACGUUGCUCCAUGACUUUGCUCCCAUGGUGUCUCAGCUCAGUGAGAUGCUUGGGCAGAUGUACAGUACGAUUCCCCAGGCCUCAGCCCUUGAUCUCACACGACAGAUGGUGCAUAUCUUUGCCAGUGAGACUGACCACUUCCCACCCAUCAAGGCUCUGUUUGAGCUGGUUACCUCGGUAACACUCUCCAUCUUCCAGCAAGGACCCAGGGAUCAUCCUGAUAUUGUUGAUUCAUUUAUGCAACUCCAAGCUCAGGCCCUCAAACGGAAGCCUGAUCUGUUCUUGUCUGAGAGUCUUGACGUGAAAGCAGUGUUCCACUGUGGAGUUCUGUCACUCAAAUUUCCUGAAGCUCCGACAGUCAAGUCAACAUGCUUGUUCUUUACUGAACUGUUACCCCACUGCUCAGACGUGCCUCCAUUGGCCAGGAUUGUGCAGGAAGAUGGCAAGCUGCUGGUGCAAGCCGUGUUGGAGGGCAUUGGAGGCGGGGCGUCUCGGAGCCUGAUGGACCAGUUUGCAGAAGUGCUGUUCUCACUGAACAAGCACUGCUUCUCUCUGCUCGCUGUGUGGUUGAAGGAGGCGCUGCAGCCUCCAGGGUUCCCGUCGUCACGGGUCACGGCUGACCAGAAACACCACUUCUCACAGCAGAUACUCAGAGAACGAGUGAACAAGAGGCGGAUGAAGGACAUAGUGAAAGAGUUCACACUAUUGUGCAGAGGACUCCAUGGUACAGAGUAUGCCGCUGAAUACUGAAACUCUACCCUUGAACUCUCACCUAACCGUGACCUCUGCCCUCAGUGCAAACCAGCUGGAUGCCACAACAACACAGUGCUCAUCAACCUUGUCAGUUAAGAUAUCAUGAAGUGAUUGUAAAGAUGACCCUCCCCACCGCAGGACAAGACAUGGAACCAUUCCAGCACAGACCUGCCAUGGGAUUAAUUCACAAACAUUACAUCCCCGGUGGCUUUAGGGAGGCUGACCUCUCUGUUAUGUUUUCUUUUUCUGUUUUAAGAUUGAUCAUCUCCCCCUCGCUCUUCUCAUUUAACAGCCUCGUCUGUGGACGAGCUCCGAGCAGCGCUCCUAGCAUGCUGCCUCGCGCCUCUUAUCUCUGUCUUUUUCUGCCUUGAUAGAUCUUCCUGUGGUUCCUAGGUUGUUCCUGGUGAUUAGCAUCCAUAUGAAAUGAUAGUGGUAUCGUACGUAGCUACUUGACAUUAUUUUUCAAAAUAAAUCAAAUGAAGUAUAUAAAUGUAUAUGUACACACAUAGAAAGAUGGUGGUCGUCAGUCCUGCUGCUGCUAAUGGAAAGAAAGGAGAAGCAAUUGUCAGGAGGAGAUUCUGCAGGAAAAAUAAUAUUAUAACAAUAUUGUUUACACCCACUCAUGCCCCCAGGAGAUCUGUGUUGCCAAAUUACCCCCCCCCC